AUGAAAGAGAUAGUACUAUAAUUAAAUAAAUAACUGUGUGUAGAUAGGCUUGAAGACUGUUUAAAAUGCUAUUAAGAAGCUAUUAAGUUGUUUAAGAGUUAAGUGGAGAAAGCCCCUGCUGAUAAAAAAGGAGUUUUUCAAAUUUUUCUAAAAAAUUAUGAGGAAAAAGCUGAGUCACUUUAGCAGAAAAUACAAGAACUAGCCUAGAAUUCAGGGUCUAAUUAGAUAGAUUUAGAUGAGCAGUUCGUAGUGAUAAAUGAAAAUUUAUAUGAGAAAGACUUCUAAGAUCUUGAUUUGAAAUAUGAUCCGAUUCAAUAACAACCCCCACAGAAUAAUUCUCCUGACGAUUAAAUUUCAGCUUCAACCAUACCUUCUAACAAAAAACUAAGACCAUUUUUCUUUAUGAGAAGGAUAGAGAAGACUAUUAUGGAAGGGGGAUUCUUGACAGAGUCAUUAUAUGUGCCUAAAUAUAUCUGGUAUUAAAAGGAAGCCAAAAUUCCAGAGAUAGAUAAAAAGUUGAAUUAUUUUGAUUAUCUAAAAAAAGAAUUCUAAAGAGUAAAUAUUCUCUAUAGCAAAAAUUGCUUGUCUAAGGAUAAGAGUGAAACUCUUGCACAAGAAUUUAAUGAAGUUUAGAAAAUGGGAGGAGGAGCUGAUGAAGCCAUGCUUUAAUCAUUGAAAGAUGAAUCAACAUGGAACAAAAUAUCAAAACAUUUCAAGUAGUUUACUGAUAAAGUGACUAAGGGAGCUUAGAAAAUAGCAUUUAACAUUUAUGGCACUUCUGUUGAUCUCUAUGCAAAGGCACUUCAAGAGUUAUUUAAAGAAGCUUAUUUUAUUGAGGCAUGGAUAAUUGAUAUCGAAUCUCAAUUGGAGGCCAAACCAUAGACUUUAAAUAAUCAAUAAAUUCAGGAGACACAGGCCCUUUUGAAAAAGCUUGCAAGAAUAUCUUAAUUCUUGCAUGAAGUGGUAAUUCUCUUAGUAUUAGGAGAUCUAAGGUAUCUAGUUCAAAGAUAUCUAAAGAAAAUGUUUACCUCUAUGGUCGAUUUGCAUUCUAAGUUUAAUUGA